UUCUCAUCUUACUAAAUAUAGGCUACUUUCACAUUGUUUAUCGAGCCAUCUAUGCAGAAUUUCAAUCCCAUUUACACUAACAAUUCGAUUUUUUCUCGAUGCUUAUAUAUGUGGAUGCCUCAGUUAACUGACUAACUAGCUAGCAAGCUAACGGUAUAUAGACUCUUUGGCUAACUAGCUAGCCAAAGUUAGCUAACCUAGCUAGCUAAUUACCCUUUUGGUAGCUAGUUAGCUAACUAACGCUAGCUAUUGUAGAUUAGCUGCUUCUGAUUUCAGUAGUUAACUGUACUUGAUAAAUAAACUACAGCAGUUAUUUUCAGCAGCCGUUAGGUAGGUGAGAGCUCUCGAAGACCGAGGAUGGAUAAAAUGGACAAGGAACAGCGGAAUGUUGUGAUUUUCAACUCUUCCAAAAGAGAACUUUUCACUGUCAACAGUGGUUACAAGUCUCUUCAGAAGAGACUAAGGACGCAAUGGAAGAUUCAAAGCAUCAAAGAUGAGCUCACGGCAGAAAAAUUGCAUGGUGUUAAGCUGUGGAUCACCGCGGGUCCCCGUGAAAAGUUCACGGCUGCCGAGUUGGAAGUCCUGAAGCACUAUGUGGAUGGUGGUGGAAAUGUUCUUGUGAUGCUUGGAGAAGGAGGAGAAGUCAAAAAUGAUACUAAUAUCAACUUCCUCCUGGAAGAUUUUGGUAUCAUGGUGAACAGUGAUGCUGUAGUAAGAAAUGUUUAUUACAAAUAUUUCCAUCCCAAAGAAGCACUUGUAUCCAAUGGUGUUCUCAACAGGGAGAUCAGCCGUGCUGCUGGUAAAGUGAUAACUGGGGUCAUUGAUGAUGACAGUACUGGGAACAAUGCACAAGCUCUGACAUUCGUGUACCCGUAUGGGGCUACGCUGAGCGUGAUGAAGCCCGCUGCAGCCGUUCUGUCCACCGGCUCUGUCUGCUUCCCGCUCAACCGGCCUAUACUGGCCUUCCACCAGGCUGGGGAUGCAGGCAAGUUGGUGGUUCUGGGCUCAUGUCACAUGUUCAGCGACCAGUACCUGGACAAGGAGGAGAACAGUAAAAUAAUGGAUGUGGUGUUUCAGUGGCUGAUGACUGACAGCAUUCAGCUUAAUCAAAUAGACGCUGAAGACCCAGAGAUCACAGACUACACCAUGUUACCAGACACAGGAUGCCUGUCUGAAAGACUCAGGGUGUGUCUACAGGAGGGGGAAGAGAACCCCAGGGACUUCACCUCUCUUUUCGACAUGUCUCUGUUUAAGCUGUCUACAGAUGCCCUACCCAGUGUUAUUAGGGCUUACAAGCAGCUGAAUGUGAAGCACGAGCAACUGCAAUUGAUCACACCCCAGUUUGAAACACCGUUGCCACCUCUACAGCCUGCUGUCUUCCAGCCUCCCUUUAGGGGCCUGCCCCCUCCCAUGCUUGACCUCUUUGACCUUGACGAGACCUUCUCAUCUGAAAAAGUGCGACUCGCUCAACUCUCAAACAAAUGCACAGACGAUGACCUUGAGUUUUACGUGAGGAAGUGUGGAGACAUCCUUGGGGUUACUGGGAAGUUGGACAAAGAAAAGAGAGAUGCCAAGCACAUCCUGGAACAUGUCUUCUUUCAGGUGGUGGAGUUCAAAAAGCUAAAUCAGGAACAUGAUAUCGACACAACUCACACCAGGUUUUCUCCAAUCUGAGCUACAGGACACUGGAGGAAUAUAGGCAGAAGACUGUGUGCACCCAAUUUAUGGAAUGUGUCCAACUACUCACAAAAGGUCAUUAAUGCCCAUUUCAUUAAUUGUCAGACCUAGGAGAAGGAACACCACUUAGGUUGUAGCACAUGAAGGCUUAAUAAAACAAAACCACACAUCCACCACCCUUGAACCAAAUCCUGUCACCACACUCACCAAGUGAUCUGGUUAUAAAUUAUGUAUAUUUUUGAUCUGUGUAAUCUUUAAAUGUUCAAGUGUGUAAAGUUCAGAGAGAAAUGUUACAAGUGGCUCCACUACAGUUUGGUUUACAAAGGCUUAAAUGCAAUUUUGUAAUAAACAUUUUAACCAUU